AACGUUUUAAAUCGACCAACAUUCCUUGAAUACGACAAAUGUCCUGCUUGCUACGGAUUCAAGGCAUGCAGCAGCAUUAAAAAUGGUGAAAUUCUAGUUGAUCAGAGUUCAAGUUUGAAUGGACUCUUUUAUUCAAACCAGCACAUAAUACACGGCAAGCAUGUCAAUGGCAUAGAUGUCAUCAUCUCCAAACUAGGUGGACAACAUAACACAAAGGCCUGGGAAGAAAAAAUAUGCACAAAGGCUAAGAAGAAGCAACAAUGUUACAUCAGUGAAGCAGCGAAAGAACUGUUUCCAAAAUCUGGGUCCAAGUGGAUUUUAGAAGCAGUGAGAGGGCAGUCAAUGAUGACUGCAUGUCCAACUGAAAGAUUAAUUAGUGCCAUCACAUUCCGAUACACUGAAAUGCUCGAUUCCAUAGAUAUAUCAAACACAGAAAGAAUACAGUUGGUUUUGACAAUAUGGAGGAAUCAAGAACCAAUCAUUUAUCAGAUCUUCUCCAAGUCAACUGACUGGCCAUUCCCUCAAUAUUUAGGAGCAUGUGGCAGAGUGGUUGUCUAUGAAAACCCAGGCAAACCUCUGUACACAUUCUAUGAUGAACCUUGGAAUUUCAGAAUAAGAUUGGCUCUCAAAUUGUUGAACAUAGCCCACAAGUUCACAUUCAAUCCAUCUCAAUACGGCAUCUACAUGAUGAAGGUUGGCGCAGAUACGUUCCACUACAAACAAGAAACGAAGGAACUCUUCUACACGAGCGCACGAAACAUCCUCAUUGUUGACAAGUGGCAGCUGGAAGAAAAUAAAAAAGAAAACCUCGUUAGCAACAGCGACAUCACCAAAAAAUGCAAGCACGACGAACACUGGCCGUCGACGACAAAGAACUUAUGCAAUGGCUUGUACUCAGACCAUAAUUAUUACGCAGUCUGCAGGAAUAUAUUGUCGCCAGUUAACACAGAGGCCGGUGGUUCAAAUGCUGGCCUCCUCCAUGAUGUCCCACACAAUGUCGAUACACUUUUUGGACUGAGUCAUCUCAUGCAAAGCUGUCUCAGUCCAAAA